AUGGUGUCUUUCCACGAGAUUGUUCGCCGCAGUGCGGGCAACACCGACACCAAUUCCAACAGCAACAACACCGACAGCGGCCUCUCCAACGCCAUGGUCGACCUCAUGAUCUCCCUCCUGGUCCUCGUCCUCCUCGCCCUUGCCCUGGUGGGCGGUCUGCUCGUCAUCCGCCGCAAGCGUCAAUCGAUGAACAGGGCCUCGGGUCUCCCUGUGCACAAUGGCCAAGUCGCCGGCAAUCCACGCCGCCUGACCAUCACCGCCCACAAGCACGAUUCCAUCUUCGUCUACGAUGAGAAGCGAUCUCUCAUGCAGAACUCAGAUAGCCCUCCCCCCAGCCCGGUCCCCGAGAUUCGUAUCACCUUCCCCGAGGAGGAGGAUGAAGCGGGUCGACGCAAGUCGGGUCGUGUCGUCGUCGUUCGCAUCAGCGAAGCCGGCAGCGUAGGGCUGGAGCCAUGCCCCGAGGAGCUGCCCCCAUACCAAACCACCGACUCGGGGCGCUUUCAGUCCCUCGACAUUGAGCGCAUGGGAGGUCUGAAGGAAAAAGGAGAGAUGAAGAGCUACUCGUAG